UCACUCCCGUCCAGACACCGGAGCGCGCGGCCGCGGCAGCGAACGGGACACCGGGAAUCCCCGAGUGUCGGAACCGAACAUGCUGCUUUGAUCAGCCGGAUGGAACGCGUUCGAUGCGCUGUUAAAGAACUCUUUGAUCAAGGAUUUGAAUAGUUUUUGAAUUCUUUUCCUCUUCCUUCCACUCAUGAGGCAGCCUCCGACUGAGUUUGAUAGCAUGGCACUGAGCGGAACGAUUUUGCCCUCCAUCUCCACCUUCGCGAGCGGCACCGAUGUGAAGCACAAGGCCGUGUUGGGACCCGGAGCUGCCGGUUCAAGAUGGAAGGAGGAGAUGUCUCACCUGAAACGCCCCUGCAUGUCUACAGGUGCGACCUGCGCUGACCAGGACGUCCCGCCAGCCAUGGCCAAGAUUGAGCCGGAGGAGCUGGAGCUGCUGGACUAUGACUUUAUUCUGUCAAACAGCAUGCUUCAACAGCAGCAGCAGCAGCAACAGCAGGCCAGCACUUCCAGGACUAUCCCCGCAUCGUCCCCUACACACUACACCUUCCCCAUGCCCUCUCCUCAGGGCCAGGAGGGCAGCAUGCUGUACACCAUCCCAGAUAUCAGCGACGUUUCUCCAUCCGGAGGUUUCGUUGCUGAAUUAAUGAGGCCGGAAUUGGAUCCUGCGUAUCUCCAACCUACAAGCCUCCACGGGAAAUUUGUAGUCAAGACCACUAUGGACAUGUCCGAUUACAACCAGGGGGUUAACAUUAGCAAGGAUGCAUCCUCCAUCCCGUUUGCAUGUCCUAGAAUAAAGCAGGAGUGUCAGAGCACGUGCACCGUCAGCCGGCCCAUGGAUCUGCAUCUCGGAGGGAGCUCGGCGAGGUCUGGAGUGCAUCAGGGCUCGAUGUUGGACCCUCAUACGUUUAGUUCAGGACGGGGCGCCAGAUCUUCGCUGUCUCCAGAUGAGCAUCCACAGGCUCCGGUGCUCAGCUCGGGAUAUCACCCGUCUACGGCUUAUUCUGGAUUUCCACAGGCUCCGGCACAGUCGCUGCAAUACCAAGAGCUCAUUCCCCCUGCUGAGGGGUUGCCGGAAGAAUCCAAACCCAAGCGGGGCCGACGCUCCUGGCCGAGGAAGCGGAUCGCCACACACACCUGUGACUACGCUGGCUGCGGGAAAACAUACACUAAGAGCUCACACCUGAAAGCCCACCACAGGACACACACAGGAGAAAAGCCUUAUCACUGUGACUGGGAGGGAUGUGGCUGGAAAUUUGCCCGUUCAGACGAGCUGACGCGACACUACCGCAAACACACGGGCAUUCGGCCGUUUCAGUGCCAGAAAUGCGACCGAGCCUUCUCCCGCUCCGAUCAUCUCGCGCUGCACAUGAAGCGCCAUCUAUAGCCAAAACAUCUACAACGCAUCUAUAGACAAAACACCUACAGGGCCAUCUAUAGACAAGACAUCUCAAGCGCAAUCUAUAGACAUCUACAUCGCCAUCUAUAGACAAGACAUCUACAGUGCAAUCUAUAGACAUCUACAUCGCCAUCUAUAGACAAGACAUCUACAGUGCAAUCUAUAGACAUCUACAUCGCCAUCUAUAGACAUCUACAAUGCCAUCUAUAGACAAGACAUCUACAGCGCCAUCUACAGACAAGACAUUUACAGCGCCAUCUACAGACAAGACAUCUACAGCACAAUCUACAGACAAGACAUCUACAGCGCCAUCUACAGACAAGACAUCUACAGCACAAUCUAUAGACAAAACAUCUACAGCACAAUCUAUAGACAAGACAUCUACAGCACAAUCUUUAGACAUCUACAAUGCCAUCUAUAGACAAGACAUAUACAGCGCAAUCUAUAGACAAAACAUCUACAGCACAAUCUAUAGACAAGACAUCUACAGCGCAAUCUAUAGACAUCUACAAUGCCAUCUAUAGACGACAUAUACAGCGCAAUCUAUAGACAAGACAUCUACAGUGCAAUCUAUAGAUAUCUACAACGCCAUCUAUAGACAAGACAUCUACAGUGCAUUCAACAGACAUCUACAGCGCCAUCUAUAGACAAGACAUCUACAGCACAAUCUAUAGACAUCUACAGCGUCAUCUAUAGACAAGACAUCUACAGUGCAAUCAAUAGACAUUUACAGCGCCAUCUAUAGUCAAGACGUCUACAGCCAAGACAUCAACAAAACAUCUACAGUGCCAUCUAUAGCCAAGACUUCUACAGCGCUAUCUAUAGACAAGACAUCUACAGCCAAGACGUCUAUAAAUAAAAAAUUUACAGCCAAAACAUCUGCAGCGCCAACUAUAGACAAGACAUCUACAGCAUUAUCAUAGACAAAACUUCUACGGUGCCAUCUAUAGACAAGACAUCUAUAGCAUCAUCUAUAGUCAAGAGCACGAUGAGUGAAGAUACUGGUGGUGCAGUGAACCACGUUGCCUUUGAUCAAGAGUAGGGCGAGCAAACGUGCCUUUUUUAUUAACAUCUCCUGGCCAUGAUUUCUAGAUCUAUACAUAGAUUUCUAGAUGUAUACAUAAGUAUGUAUUUACAUGAUAUAUAUGCGUUUAGUACAUGUAUUAUUAUGUAUAUAUUUAAAUA